GAGAAUGUGCCAGGAGGCUCGCCACGUCAUCUUCUAAAUAAUCAACACUAUUUGGAGCAUCAAGAGCCCCCGCGUCAAGCAAUUUUCAACGCAACUCUCCAAAUUCAACAGGAAAUCAAAAACAACGAAAACGGCGGCAUGAUGGCCCCCAGUACUGAGGAUCCCGAUACGGUUGUCGAGGCUCAACGUCGUGGAAGCUUCUCGAAGAAAAAGAAUGCAAAUGGGUGGAAUAAGGUGGAGCUUGUCGAUCAGUGUGCCAAGCAAAUGGGUUCGGAGGACAAACAACCUGGUGGUGGCGACGUGAAAACCGAAAAUGAUCCAUCAAAAAACGGACUCGGCUCGGCAACAAGUAAUUUCAUUCAAAGCUCAGUUCCCCCGUCACAUCAAACUUUGAGCAAUCCUCUGCAGCUGAGCCCACCGGCAGAAGCUUCAGUGGCCCAACAAUCCGGAGCAUCUCAAGUUUUUCCGACAUUUCAAGCAGCUCUCGGAGCAUCAUCCGAUGAGCUUCUUCAGCCGAAUGCCACGUCAUCAUCCACGUCAUCCUCCGCGUCGACAUCGUCAAUUGUGCCAGUGGUGAAGUUUACGAAUCAAACAGCACCAAAUGGUAGUACGGUUGCCACGUCAGUCGGGCAAAAUGUUCGACUUACCAUUAAUGGAAAACGUGUCGGACGUCCGCCGGGAACCUUCAAACGACCACAAAACAACGCUGCCAACAGUUCGAACAGUGGAAAUGAUUCGGAUAUGAUGGGAGAUCACGAUUUGACAUGUCGUUGGAAGUCGUGUAACUCUAGUUUCCAGACUCUCAAGGCACUAGUGGAUCAUGUUCAAGAAAGUCACGUCCAAUCAACUGAACAAGAACAUCACGCAUGGCGUUGUGAGUGGGAAGGAUGUGAUCGAAAUGAGACGUUCAAAGCAUUGUACAUGCUCAUUGUGCAUGUUCGACGUCAUACAGGCGAGAAGCCCAACAAGUGUGAGUAUCCUGGAUGCGGAAAAGAAUACAGUCGACUCGAAAACCUGAAAACCCACCGGAGAACUCAUACAGGCGAGAAACCAUACAAAUGCGAGUUUGCCGACUGUGAGAAGGCGUUCAGCAACGCGUCGGAUCGUGCCAAACAUCAGAAUCGUACACAUUCGAAUUUGAAACCAUAUAGUUGUCAAAUACCGCAAUGCACAAAAUCCUAUACGGAUCCAUCGUCUCUUCGGAAACACAUCAAAGCUGUACACGGAGAUGAUGAAUAUGAAAAGGCCAAGAAAUCACGUCCGGCAAACUAUUCGAAUCGUCGACGACCGGAUCAUCGUUUGGCUCCGCCGACUGGAGCAAUGUCUCAUCCGUAUCUGGCAACGCCGAACUCAGGGGCUUCUGUUGUGGCUCACUCGAGUGUGCAUCAGCAGAAUUUUAUCAACAUGGCUCUGGCUCAACAUCAUCAUAAUGCUCAACGUGCUCAACAACUCAUGGCCGCGACCGGAAACGUGAUGCCAAUGAUGGACCCAGCUUCGGCUGCGGCAGCGGCUCAGGCUCAGGCUCAUCACCAGGCUCAGGCCCAAAUGCUCCAAACUCAUAUGAUGCAGCAGGCUCAAAUACAGGCCGCAGCUCAGAUGCAGGCACAGGUUCAACAUCAGGCGGCGAUGCAGGCACAUGCGAUGCAACAGGCACAGAUGGUCCUUCAGAACAAUCUGCUCGGCGCGCAGAGCCUGCUGAGCCCGUUUUCUCCGUUGCUUCCACCGUCACGAGCUCCGAAUGUUAUGGCGAUGCUCCAGACUCCACCCACACCGACUUCGGUGGCUCCGAUGUUUGAUAUUAUGACGUCACGAGCGCCGAUGGCUCCAGUAGUUUCUGCUCCGACAGCUCCAGCUCCACUAGUGCCUGCCCCAGUUCCAGCAUCUCCAGUAUUCGAUGAGCUCCGCGAGCAAAUGCGUGAAGUAGAGCCCCUGCAGCAGCAGCAGCAGCAGGAGCCCAUGGAUCAAGAUCUCCAAGAUAUUCGAGUUGAUGGUGACUCUGACGAUGAAGAUGAAGAAGAACCAAGAACUCCAUCCGGAGCACUGCUCUUGCCACGUGGCGGUAACAACGGCGAUGGAGGAUUCGGUGGAUCGGGAUCGUCGAGAGCAUCCAGUGGAAGUGGAACCAUGGAAUUGUCGGCUGCUCCGAUUAGUCAGAAUGGGAGCCGAGCCAGUGGCUCUGGCGAGAGGGGAAUGAGAAGCUUCCUGAUUGCUGACAUUCUCCAACUCGCGGCGGAUUUUCAAAAUGAACGUCUUCUCAGCGAUGUACUCGACUUGGCGAUCUUCGACACCCGAGAUGUGCGUUCCCUCCACAACAUCUACCAAGUCUACAUUCGCGCGCACAAAGCAAUUCCCAUAACCCGUCGUCCAUUAGACUGGAAUGAAACUCAUCAACUCCAUAAUCUCUAUCAUGAUCCACGCUUCAACCGUGCCGAGCAUCAGGACUCGCCCGCCAUUCGCGACAGAGAUACCAGGUUCUGGAGGACAAUCGCCGAGGCGAACACGAUGAGACAACGACAAAUCGAGCCGGUGCCGUUGGAUGAUGAUGAUGAGGGAUAUUUUGAUGAGAUGGUGCAUCGAGUGCAGAAUGGGCGGCUCAAUGAGCAAUUUAUGGAGGGAUUCGAGUCGGAUGAUGAUGAUGGUUUUGAGGAUGAGGAUGAUGUUCCAGGCCUCGGAAUCGCGGUAUAUCGCGGAAGACGUCGAGUUCGACGUGAAGCUUUAAAACAGGCAAAUCUCGAUAUUCAAGAAGCUGAAACUGCUGGCAGAAAUGUCGGAGGAUUCGGAGAUGAAGAGGAUCGAAAUAACCGGGGACACGAUCAGGAUAGAAGCUUCUUGGAUCAUUACUAUCCUCCGAUGGUGGUGGUGGUAGAGACUGAGAGUCCGCAGAUUGUGAGAGAUCAAGAAAUGAUGAGACAAUUUGAAGAGGCGAAGAAAAAUGUUGAGACGGAUGAGAUUAAGAAGCGAGCUGAAGCUAUGCAGUUUGGAACCUCCAGCAGCCACCAUCACACAAAAACGCUUCUUAUUCAACGUGCGUUAUUCGAUAAAACGAGCUCAGUGCGUCGAAGUCUUCUCCAAUUCAUCACAAUCUCUGUUGAUCAGGAAGAGCUCCGUCAGAGCUGCCACGCGACGUCGGCUCCGCAGGGAGCUCAUGUUGUGCACAAUGUGGUUGAUGAAUUCGACAGUAUCAUGCGUGCACAAGAAGACUCGAACAACCGUAUUCUUCUUUCUUUGGACAUCCCCGCUCCAUCAGCAGUCACGGGAGUCUCCGGCUCCAUUACCCAUGCCGAUAAUUCGGCUCUCCAGCUCCAGCAGGAGCAACCGACAUCCUCAUUCUCGUCGUGGUUCCCAGAAGAUGAUCCGAUCUACGCGUUACCGCCACCGCCACCGCCGCCGGCACCACCACGUCGCCGACGUUCCGCCGACAAUAAGGACGAUUCGGAGAAUAUUCCCAAAAAGCCACGUCAUCAAUUUUAAGACCCCCAUUCAUUUUUUUUGUGUGUGCUCCCAUGACUAAUGUACCAUGACGUUUUGAGCCAUAUAUAGGCAUAUAUAGUCCAUCCACUCUUUUUUUUUGUUUCAAACUUUACCACAAUUCAUAUUUUUCUCCAUUUUUCUCGCUCUCUCACGAGCACGGGAUUCUGGUUUUCCUCGUUGAAUUUUUUGCGCUCUAUUGACAAUCGCCCGCCGGACAAGUGGUGUACUCCACACGGACAAAUGCGUGUAGUUUUACAACUAAAAUCGAGACGCGACGCGACACGCAACGCGCCGUAAAUCUACCCCAGUAAUGGCCGAGCCAAAAUGGUCUAGUUCGGCAACAAAGUUCGGCUCGGUUUGUCCGUGUGGAGUACACGAGCCUUCCCACGCGUUGUCCGGCAGUCAAUUGUCAAUGGAGCGCAAAAAAUGCAUUGGGGAAGGCCAGAAGCCUGUGUCUGUCUCUCUUUCUCUAUCAUGUUGCAACUUUUCUUAGGAAUUAUUCUAUAAUAGUGAGUACCUUCUUGCCCCUCUCUACAUUUUAAGCCAGUUUUUUAAGCCAAGCGACAAAGAAAAAAUCCCCACAAAAAUUUGAAAUUUGAAAUAUUACCCGCACCCCCAAAAUUUCGAUCUCUCCUACUCUUCGCCCACCACUUGCAACAAAUUUGUUUUUAUUUUCUUUUUUAUUUUUUAUUUUUUUGUUUUUUAAUUCUCCCCAAAAAAUCUCGCUCUCUAUCCCAAUUCUUAACCGUUUUCUAUCCGAGCCGCCCGAAAAUUGUGCUCCGUCCAUUUUUUUUUCUAUGAAUUGAAUUUUUUUUCUUCUCAAAAAACCCCCAUGAUUCGUUUUUUCGUAUCUCUGCAUCUCUCUCCCCGUUCUCUGCAAAAUUUGAACAAAAUUGUAUAUCCCCCACCGCUGAAAUAGUUUUCAAAAAACAUCACCCCCCUCCACUCACUAGUUUUCCAUUAGAUUCACCCCCUGUUUUUUUCCUGGAAAAUCGAUAAUUUUCGAGGUUGGAAUUUCCUCGAAAAUUAUCGAUUUUCCACUGUUUCCAGUCUGUCACAACAUAUCUGUCACUCUCUGUCCUUUCCCAAUUUUUCUGAAAAUUUCAAAUUUUCUACGCACUUUUUUAAAUUUUUUUUUCUCUGUCCCCCCGUCUCCCGUGAUGUUCCAAAUAUUUCAUUCUAAUGAAACGUAAUAUAAUUUU